CGUUUACCACAGUGUUACAACGAAUGCGUUGAUAAGAACGACCUUCUAAACUUAAUAUAUCAUGUAAACAUAUAGCUAUUUAUAGAAUUUUACAUACUAUGUGUACCGGAUGUAGUUGCGAUUUAAUACUGACUAUAGAAGACACAAUAUAUUGCAGCCUGCAAUGUGACAAAUAAAUUUGAACCAGAUAUUUUGUGUGUAGAAACAUAUUGUAUGAAGAGAAUGUUGUCAGCAAGAAUAGGCAGACAUGUCAAAAGGCUUGCAAUUAACUGUCCGAAGUUAUAUUCUUCAACUGUUGACAAGGAAACAGAAGCUGUAUCAGAUGGGGCAAAAUCUUUCAGAGAAAUUCCAGGUCCAAAAGGAAUGUACAAUAUUCCAUAUUUUGGAACGGCUCUACAUUUUAAACCGUUCACAAACUAUGAACUUAAUGACCUACCAGAAAUUCUUACUAAUAUGAGGGAACAAUAUGGUGACAUAGUGAAGAUGCGUAUUGGCAGAGACUAUUUUGUAUAUAUGUUUGAUCCGGACUACACCCAGACGGUACUACAGCUCCCAUACAAAGAAUUCUUUGCAUACCAACUGGAUUUACCUGAAGUAUUUACGAAAAGAACAGGACUACCUAAAAGUUUAACAUUAAUGGAAGGUAAGGAGUGGAAGGAGCUUCGAAAACCAGCUCAAGAAAAGAUGCUACGUCCAGCCGUGGUUGCAAGUUACGGCCCCUUGAUAGAACAGGUUACUGAUGAUUUUGUUGAUAUACUCAAACAAAAGAAAUCGGUUGAUGAUUUGAAAAUGACAUUAAUGAACUACACUACUGAGAGUGUCGCAAUGUUGUGCUUUAACAGAAGACUAGGAAGCAUCGAUAGUGAGGAAUCACCCGAGAUAGCAAGAUGUAUUACGGAGUUUUUCACAUUGCUUCAGAAAUCACUGAUAAUGCCGUUUAAGACUUUUAAAUAUUUUAGAACCCCAUUGUAUAAGCGAUUCGAAGAAGUAAGACUACGCAUCCAAAGCAUUGUAGAAAAGGAAUUAAAGGCACAGCUUGAUGUCUUGAAUCAGCUGAAAAAGGAAAAUCAGUUAGAUGAUUACUUACAAAAAGAUCCCAACUUUAUGUACUCAAUGUUGGCAGACCCUAGAAUGACGCUUGGAAAAAUUACUAGUAUAGUGACAACAUUAUUUAGUGCAGGAAUAGAUUCAACAGCCAACAGUUUAUUAUUUGCCUUGACUGAUUUAGCCUUGCACCAAGAAAAGCAGCAGAAAUUGUACCAGGAAAUUCAGACUGUUGUUGGAGAUAGCACACACUUAACCAAAGAACAUUUAGCUCAAAUGUCAUAUCUAAAGGCUUGCAUCAAAGAAUCACAGAGGCGAACGUUCCCUAUUAUGACAGGACCUGCAAGGUUUAUGGAAUGGGACACAGUUAUUGGUGGUUACACUAUUCCAAGAAAGACAUUAGUCAAUCUUAAUAUGGCAGCUAUGGUAAUCGACGAACGAUUUUUUCCGAAGGCGAAAGAAUAUAUCCCAGAAAGAUGGCUAAGAAAUGUCAAUGAUGAAAUUACUAAAGGCCAGGAGUUCCCUUUUGCUUUUAAGCCAUUUGGAUUUGGUCCAAGGGGUUGCAUUGGUCAAAGAUUUGCUGAAAUGGAAAUGCAAAUUGGAAUUACAAAGAUUAUUCAAAACUUUGAGAUUUCAAUGCCACCUGGAGUAUCAGAGAUUAAAACAAUAUGCCGUACAUUUACAUCACCUGCACAAAAGGUCACACUUCAGAUGCAAGAAAGAAAGGCUAUUGCUGAAUAAUUGUUCAGAAACCGAAAUAUUAAUAUGAUUAAGAAUAUAUAUAUGUAUAUAUGUAUAAACAGAGUUAUUAGCAAGUCUAAAUUAAAAACAACGACCAAACCUAUGAUUGCGUUGGAUAAAAACCGCAAUUUUUAUACGUGUGCAUGCAAAACAAAUUUCUUGGUAGACAGAGUUAUUAGUACAUACUUCGCCGAUUGCUUUUUUAAAUAUCAGAUGUUUUAUGAUUCAUGUUUAUAAUUAUCAUUUAUUUUAUCAGAAUUUUACCAGCAUUUUAUCAGAAAUAUCGAAACAGAUUUCUCUUUGUAAAUGCAUUUGCUGAAUAAGCGAUGUUUCACUUCGUGUUAAACAUCAGGUCGUGAAUAAAUAUAGAUGACACAUGUAUAUUUAGCGGAUAAUAAAUGUAAAACAUAAUGCUUCCAGGAACAAGGACGUAAACAUUUCCAACACUAUUCAAAUGUACAUGUUAUAUGUCAAUCUUUUAAGUAGAUACAAUUAUCAUAGAUACCAUAUAUACAAUUUUGUACGCCAGACGCGCGUUUCGUCUACGAAAGACUCACCAAUGACGCUCGAAUCAUAGAAAUUGAAAAGACUAAAUAAAGUACAGUCAGCAAAAUCUAGGUACAAAUCCCGCUUAAAGCCGUAAUUGAUCGGUUGUGAUUUCUAAAAUUCUGAUUAAUUUAAAAAUUAAACCUUUGAUUCAUGUGGUUCUAUUAUUAUAAUGUUGUGUUAUUCCAUAUCUCCUUAUUUUUAUAUUAUUAUCAAAUAUAUUUUAUUUCAUCUUCCUUUAAAACCCAUAUUUUAAACAACCCCAAUUUAAAUCUCCUAAACAAGCUUAAGCUUAUCUCGUGAUCAUAAAUAACAACAAAUAAUAAAGUGCAAUACCACACGGCAGAGCCAGGGCAUGUUUUAACAACAAUUUAAUAACAUUUUCAGGAGCAAAUUACGAAAUAUCUUGAUAAUAUCAUCAUCAUACAUACAUUGUAUAUAAUCAAAUAACAAUAAACAUAUGUAAAUCA